AAUGGACUAAAAAUUCGAAAAUUGGUUGCCCUUAGAAUCCAAUACAAUUUUAUUAAAUAAAUAUUUAGCCAAUUUAGGAGUGAAUACAGAUUUUGCAAAUUUUGUAGAUAUUGUUAGUUUUGAACCAGAAUUCCUAAUACCAGGUAGUCUAGGAGCAUUAUUUGUAUACCCUGAUUCUCCAGCUAUCAAUAAUUACUUUUUUGAACAAGGAGAUAAGAUGUUUGAAAAACCAAUACCACAAUCUCUUUAUUACAUGAAGUAAAUUGCAGAAAAUGCAUGUGGCACCAUAGCCAUUUUACAUAUACUGGCCAAUAUUCCAAAAGAAUAUUAAUUCAUUAUUAAUGAAGAGAGCUUUUGCCCAUAAUUCAUAUAGAACACUAUUAAUAUGACACCUGAAGAAAGAGCAGAAUAUUUGAAAAACUGCAAAUUGGAAGUCAAAAAAAAAGAUGGUUAAGUGAAAUCAUUAUAAGAUGCCCAUAAAGAAGUGGCUCAGGAGAAUCUAGAGGAUCCAAAUAUCGAACUGAAAGCAGGUCACCAUUUCAUAGCAUUUGUGUGGCACAAUGGAAGUGUUAUAGAAUUAGAUGGAAGAAAAAAAGCACCAAUUAAUUAUGCUGAUUGUUAAUAGGAAUUGUUUUUGGAAAAAGUCAUAGAAAUAUGUCAAAAACAUUACAUUGAAAAGGAUUUGAAAGAAAUUGGAUUUAAUUUAAUGGCCUUUUAAAUAGGAUUUGAAUGAUCAUUUUAUUUAAGUUUACAUUUAUAAAUUGAAAUACA